UCCUUCUUCCUCUCUUAUGAAUCAUAUUGCUUACAACAAAAGAUUUCUCUUUUUGGUUUCGGGGUUUCGAAUUUGGAUCUUUAAUCAAUAAAUAUUGGAUCGUUUGAUUGUUUGUUGUCUUCAUGAUCUGGGUAUCUGGUUUUUUGUUGGAUUAAUUUAAAGAGACACACUGUUUUCAACAUGGGUACCCUUCAUUUUUUCUCUUGUUCUAGUAAUAAUGUCUGUUUUCGUGAUUUUAUCUGGAUGGUAUUUCUUUCUUUUAUAUUUUUGGUUGCUUGGGUUUGUUCGAUUGCUAGAAAACUCGAGUAUUAUAAUGAAAACUAGGCUUUUAAAUUUUUUUUUUUUCCCUUUAGUUGAUUGAAUUAUCUUGUUCAGUGAUGAUACUUCGUUGAAUGUAGUGUUUAGUAUAAAAAAAGUAAAGUUUAUUUAAAUCUAGCUCAGAAAAAUCUUUGCCAUUGAUGUUUUAUAUUGAGAGCAUAUAUAUUUCAGUCUGAGAAUUGCUACUUGUGUUCUCUUAUAGUAAUUAUCUGUGUGUAAUAAGUGAAAUACAAUAUUGUACAAACAUUUUGCUUUAUGAAUAUCUUUUUUUCUUCCGUUUGUGAGUCUUUAAUUGUUAUGUGCUCUGUGUGGCUUAGAAUCCUUGUAUCGCAAGAUGCAAAUGUACUAUGGUGCUUAGAAUAAUUUUAAUGUAUUAACAAUUAGUGGUCUAAGACGAGUGCUAGCAUUUCUGGGGUGAGGCUGGAUGUGGCUAGAAAUUUGCACCUGAUUGAAGUGAAUUGCUUCUGAUUGUACUUCGUAAUAUGUUGAGUGGAACCUCUGAUUUGCCUAUGAAAAAUUGAUGGCUAAUCUGAGCACAUCAACAUCAAUAGUUUGUUCAGAUUCCUUAGAACAGAAGGGAGUUCAUAUGGUGGAAUCAAAUAUGGACGUGCAAAGUUCAAUGAGCCUGCAAAACCAAUCUUCAGAUGGUCCUGUUGCUAUCCUUUGGGACAUUGAGAACUGCCCUGUCCCAAGUGAUGUCCGCCCGGAAGACGUAGCUGGCAAUAUAAGAAUGGCUUUGCGGGUGCAUCCUGUGAUUAAAGGAGCUGUUAUGAUGUUCUCUGCAUAUGGAGAUUUUAAUUCAUUCCCCAGACGUCUCAGAGAGGGAUGCCAGAGAACUGGUGUCAAACUCAUUGAUGUUCCAAAUGGGCGAAAGGAUGCCGCUGACAAGGCUAUCUUGGUUGACAUGUUUCUGUUUGCUCUUGACAACCGUCCACCUUCUUCUAUCAUGCUGAUCUCAGGGGACGUUGAUUUUGCACCAGCACUUCACAUCCUUGGUCAACGAGGAUAUACGGUGAUCCUUGUCAUCCCUUCUGGAGUGGGUGUUUCAUCUGCUCUUUGCAAUGCAGGUAAGUUUGUUUGGGACUGGCCCAGUGUGGCUCGUGGUGAGGGCUUUGUGCCUCCUGCAAAAGCUUUGAUGGCUCCUCGUGGAGCACCUGAUCUUGCUGGGUACUUAAUGGGGUGCCAUAUUAACGAUUGCACAGAUCCUCAAAAUGAAGAAGAAGCAAUUGUUUAUAGGGGAAUCUUGCAAAGUUAUUACAAAUCUAAAGACUUCUCCUUUAUGUCACAGUCCUUGUCUGAGUAUGCUAGUACAUCUACAAUCAACUUGCCAUAUCUUCCUCCAUCCUUAAGGACCCAAAGUCUACCACCUGGUUUGAAUGAAGUUUCAACCGGUCCUGUGUCUUCUGUUGAACAAAAUGAUUAUACCAUGUGGGUUCAACCUGGAGAUAUUAAUGGUUUGAAAGCACAGAUGGUGAAGUUACUUGAACUUUCUGGAGGGUGCCUGCCUCUCACUCGUGUUCCUGCUGAGUAUCAGAAAUUGUUUGGGAGGCCCCUGUAUGUGGCUGAGUAUGGGGCAUACAAACUUGUAAACCUCUUCAAAAAGUUGGGUGAGACGAUGGCAAUAGAAGGGAGAGGCCAAAGGAAAUUUGUCUACCUCCGGAACUUGAAAGCAGGACCAAGUGCAGUUCUAGCAAGGAAGGAUAAGAAAGUAAAGGGUUCUCAGGAGGAGAAUGUGAAUAUCAGUGGUGCUUGUGGUUCAUCAGAUGAACUUUCCGAUGAUGAAAGAGUGGUUGUUGAAGAACAUGAUGUGGGAAGGAACCAAGUGAAAACAAAUAUAGGGAUGGUGAACCAACCUGAGAUUGAUGACCAAAAUCUCAAGCAGUUCAAGCAUGAGCUGCAAGAGAUUCUAGUGAGCUAUUCUUGUCAGAUUUUCUUGGGUUGUUUUGAGGCAAUAUACCAGCAACGAUACAAGAGGGCUCUAGAUUAUCAGAGGUUUGGUGUGGAUCAGCUGGAGGAGCUGUUUGAAAAGAUGAGCGAUGUUGUUGUCUUGCAUGAAGAACCAGUGAGCAGGAGGAAAUUCCUGGUUGCAGUAGGUGGCUAGAGGAAUGUGACACCUACUGUUCCUUGUAACUUUUUUUUUUUUAAAUUCUCUUCUAACUUAUGUAGAUGCAGUGAUUGAGGUGUGGUUUUUAGUCCUUAAAUCACUAUCAAGGAGUUGUUGUUUUUUCUUUAUUCAACCAAAAUUUCAUAAAAAUGAUAGGAGACUGUUGAUGUUCCUGCAUGGAUUUGAUGGUUUAUUUUUAAAAUUUCCAUGUAAGCCUCAAUCGCAGCCUGUGUAACAAUCUGAUUAAAUUCCAAUGUGAGAUCUGUCAGUAAACAAUUGUUCAGCA